AUGGAUUUGUCUUGUGGAGAGAAUCUACAGAAUUCCGGACACAACAGCAGUAAUAGUGGACGGACUAUGGAUAUGUGUAUAGCUGGACCUGAUCGGGCUUUGGAUAGAGAUCCAAGGCUGCUCAUGAACCUCCUCACCCUCGAGAGAGUCCACGCACUACACACAGAUUAUUUUCAACACGUUCAAAUUGACAUACAGCCUUUCAUGAGAAAGGUUGUCACGACUUGGAUGUUGGAGGUUUGUGAGGAGCAGCAGUGUGAAGAGCAGGUGUUCCCUCUGGCUGUGAGCUAUAUGGACAGGUUUCUCGCCCAGCGUGCAAUUUCACGACAACAGCUACAAUUGCUUGCUGUCACCUCUCUACUGCUCGCCUCUAAGUUCCGCCAGUGUCACCCUCUGUCUGUUGAUCUACUCUGCGCUUAUACUGACAACUCAGUUUUCCCUCAAGAAGUCAGGCAAUGGGAGGUGAUGCUGUUGCAGCGUUUGAAUUGGCAGCUAUCAGUAGCAACAGCUUUCGACUUCGUUGAACCUCUACUAGCCAGAACUCCUUGGGGAAGAACUAAUCCUCUCGUUCGGACACACGCUUUAACACUCACAUCAGUCUGCUACACAGAAACCGAGUUCCUAUUGGUGCCGCCGUCUCUGAUAGCCGUCGCCUGUAUAACCGCAGCCGCCAGAGGUUUAAGGGUCCGUAUGACGAUCAACGACCUCUGUCUCCUCACACGAACGCCAGCCCCUGCCGCUGAGUUAGUCGCGCGCCAUGUAGAACGAGUCCUAGCCAGAGAAACUCAACCCCAAGAACCCAGAACUAGACAUAUACAACCAAUAAAACAGACAAACAACCAAACUCAAUUACCAGACACGCCGACUGAUGUACAAGAUAAACUGUCGGCGGAAAGAAAAGUAGACGAGUGUCGUGACAUGCACCCUCCAGCUAGCGGGGCGAAGGCGCGGGGUUGGGGCGGUCUCCGGGAAUGGGAACAGCCAUUGGCCGUCCCGGGGGUGAGCCCCGCCUCUGCUCCAGGCUCGCCCUUAUUGAAUUAG